AUGUUCAAGAAGAAGCCUACUAUCAAAAACCUCUCUCCGCUACGGUCUUCAGAUCGGAGGAAGAUUGCGGACCAAAUUAUCAAAGACUACCAGAUCACUAUCCCUGCAGCUACAACCGAAACACCCGCCGACGGAGCGACUGCGCCGACCCUCGCAUCAAUUCGGAAUGCCCUCCUUCCAGAGAAUGCCUUGACUGCUCGUUUCACAACGACAGCAGGUCCUGACCUACGUGAGCUUCAAGGCAUUGUGUACGUUGGCGCACAUCCGGAUGGAGACGAACGAGUGCUUUGGUUCAAGGUUGAACAUGGGCCCGGAUCGGACAAGCGUCUAUACCCCACGGUCUAUACCCUGUGGCACAACCCAAAUUUUGUGCCUCUGCUUUAUACACCGGAAAUGGUUAUGCGGAAGCUACAUGGCGGCGCAGACCUUAUGACUCCUGGUUUAGCAAAUGAGCCGCCAUUCCCCGAACGCGCUGUCAAGGGAGCGGUGGUUGCCGUGGCAGGGCUUGACAGACAUACGGUCCCUCUGUUUGUUGGCGUUUGCGAGAUUGAUGUCUCUGCAUUGGGAGAGGUCCAGGGUACGAAGGGUCGUGCUGUUCGGGGUCUCCAUUGGGAAGGAGAUGAGCUGUGGGCCUGGAGCUCUUCCUCUCGGCCUGGUCGGCCAGCCCCUGAGUAUCUGAAGGGCUGGGAUGAAGAGGAAGAUGAGACUGAAGAGGUAUCGGAAGCCGUUGGGGGACUUAACCUCGAGGAGAAGAGUGAUGAAGUCAACGAGGUUUCAGAUGAACCUCCCGUGGCGAAAGAAGAAGAGCCCGUCGAGCAGGAAAAAGAGCCCACAACGAAGGAAAUUGAUGAUGCAUUUUUCAAUGCUUUCAUCUAUGCCAUCUACAAACUCAAACAGGAUAACCCGUCAGCCCCCAAUUAUGGUCUCACAUUCCCUGUUUCGCCUUCAACCCUGAUCGCCAACCUCGUUACCCCUUAUCUUCCCAUCUUCUCUGCACAACAAGUGCAAUACUACAACGUCAAAAAGACCAGCUGGAAGAAUGUCAAGAAAUUCAUCAAACACCUCGAUAAGAUGCAACUGGUCAAAUCCAAAGACCGCAGCGGCCAGGAGACAUACAUCCUGGAUAUCGACUUUGGUGACCGCCGUGUUGAGCAAUUCGUCCCCUACAAGUUACCAUCGAAGAAUGCCCUCGAGGCUACCAACAAAUCAUCAACCUCGGAAGCCAAGAAGCCCACUACAACAGACGACGCCGAUCACACCGUGGGACAGACCCUGAAUGUGCAAACUCUCUACCGACCAACACAAAAACUAACCCCAGACAUAUUCCCAUCAUCCUCAUCAAGUAACCCCAAAAACUACUACAAAUACGCCGAAGUCUCCAGCUGUCUCGACCAAUACCUCCAAUCCCAAAGCCUCAUCUCCCCCGAAAACCGCCGCAUCAUCACUCUCAACCCCUUCCUCGCAAACACCAUUUUUACCUCCCCAUCCCCAGAAGACCAAGGCACCCUCAAACGCGGCAAAGUCACCCGCGACGGCCUGCUCAAGCGUAUCAUAGAAGACCACACCUUCUUACAACCUCACUACGCCAUCCUCAAGCCAGGCCAGACCUUGGCAGACGUUAAGCCCAAGGCUGGCGCUAUCCCCAAAGCCCUGGUAACGCUUGAGAAGCGCACGGGAUCCAAGACUGUCACUAAAGUGACUAAUUUGGAGAUCUUUGGGAUUGUCCCGAGCUUGUUGGCGGAGGAGUUGCAGAAGAAGUGUGCUAGUAGUACGAGUGUCACGCAGGCUGUUGGGGCGCCGAAGGGGGUCAUGGAGGUUUUGGUGCAAGGGGAUCAGCGGAAAGUUGUGGAUGCUGCUCUUGCACGUCGUGGGUUGAAGAGUCAGUGGGUGGAGGUGGUGGAUAAGACUAAGAAGAAGAAGUAG